UCAGCCUCCACUGUUAUUAAAAAUAAAAAUCGCUAGAGCACUCAUCACUGCUACUCUGAUAGCUGGCUAUUGGGAAUUUUGGAGAAUAAUUUUAUUCCCCCCUCUCCAACUUCCUAUGCGGCUGUAAGUUCCACCACCCCAAACCCACCCAUCAAGGACCCUGAAUCUAUCCACUCCAGGCUCAGCGAGACCUUCCGGCUGGGUCCCCCGAUUUGGGCCGAUUUUGCGCCUCCAAACAACCUUAGCAUGAUGUCUUAUCUUAAGCAACCGCCUUACGCAGUCAAUGGGCUGAGUCUGACCACUUCGGGCAUGGACUUGCUGCACCCCUCGGUGGGCUAUCCCGGGCCCUGGGCUUCUUGUCCCGCAGCCACCCCCCGGAAACAGCGGAGAGAAAGGACAACGUUCACCCGGGCGCAGCUGGAUGUGCUGGAAGCGCUGUUUGCCAAGACCCGGUACCCAGACAUCUUCAUGAGGGAGGAGGUGGCGUUGAAAAUCAACUUGCCGGAGUCCAGGGUGCAGGUUUGGUUUAAGAACCGAAGAGCCAAGUGCCGCCAACAACAGCAGCAACAACAGAAUGGGGGGCAAAACAAAGUGAGGCCUGUCAAAAAGAAGACAUCUCCAGCUCGGGAAGUGAGUUCAGAAAGUGGAGCAAGUGGCCAGUUCACUCCCCCCUCUAGCACCUCCGUCCCUGCCAUUUCCAGCAGCAGUGCUCCCGUGUCUAUCUGGAGCCCAGCUUCCAUCUCCCCACUGUCAGAUCCCUUGUCCACCUCCUCUUCCUGCAUGCAGAGGUCCUACCCCAUGACCUAUACUCAGGCUUCAGGUUAUAGUCAAGGAUAUGCUGGCUCAACCUCCUACUUUGGGGGCAUGGACUGUGGAUCUUAUUUGACCCCUAUGCAUCACCAGCUUCCUGGACCAGGGGCCACACUCAGCCCCAUGGGUACCAAUGCCGUCACCAGCCAUCUCAAUCAGUCUCCAGCUUCUCUCUCCACCCAGGGCUAUGGAGCUUCAAGCCUGGGUUUUAACUCAACCACCGAUUGCUUGGAUUAUAAGGACCAAACAGCCUCCUGGAAGCUUAACUUCAAUGCUGACUGCUUGGAUUACAAAGACCAGACAUCCUCGUGGAAAUUCCAGGUUUUGUGAAGAUCCAUUGAACCUCUUUUUGUGGGUGAUUAAAAAUAAUAAUAAUAAUAAA